CUACUUUAAAGAUAAUUAUAUCAAAUUCUACUUUGAAGAUAACCAUAUCAAAUUCUACUUUGUUUAGUGUGCAAAACACGGAUACUAAACUAGUUGGUCGCGUGCUUAGCAUAGCCUAUCGCCACUAGUUGUCCAAUAAUCUAAAUGAAAUAUCUUGUCAACGCCAUAUUACUUCUCAUCUGAACCCUCGUCUCUUGAACCCUAUCCGACGGGAGUGAGUAUAGUUGUGACAAGUUAAGAGUGUUAAAAGAGAGAGAGAUGGGAGGAGGAGAUGAAGAUCAACAGAAAUUGAAGAGCGUAGCAGCAGCGGCGUAUGACUAUGAGAAUGAUCCAAGAUGGGCUGAUUAUUGGUCCAACAUACUCAUUCCUCCUCACAUGGCUUCUCGUCCCGACGUCGUUGACCAUUUCAAGCGCAAAUUCUACCAACGCUACAUCGACCCUGGCCUAGUGGUUGAGCCAAUGACUACCAGCAGUUCAUCCCAAUCAGCAAGACCAUCAGCUGCACAACCCUCAUCAUCAUCAUCAUCUUCCACAACUUCUAGUAACCAGCCAAGACAGCGUAACUCUGGUCAAGCUAGUAGAACUUCGGGUACAUCAACAACCCCAGCUUCAAAUCCGACAUCACUUCGAUGGGACCGAAAAACUAUACAAUUUUCAGUGAAUGCUUGGGUUUUUGUUGUGGCAGUUCUAUCAAUAUUUCCGCUUACACCUACAAAUCUGUCAAACAGAGCAUAUCGACUGUCCUUCUUGGGAACCGCAUGUUCUUCGCUGUAUGCAUUAUACUCAGUAUAUGGGAAACCGAGGGCUUGGAAUUUACAAGCAGUGCAAGCUUGGUUACAGACCGUUAUUGUGACGAACGAUUUCAUUUACUUCAUUUACUGUCUUACUUUUGUCACUUCCCAUCUUUACCUGAAAUUUUCUUUGAUUCCUGUUUUAUGCCGAGCACUUGAUCAUGUUGCGAAAUUUCUUCGACGUAACUUCAGCAGAUCUUCUUUGUACAGGAAGUACUUGGAAGAGGCUUGCGUAUGGGUCGAGUCAAAUGUAACUACUCUUAACAUACUAUCUUCACAGGCUGAGAUUGGAGUGGGCUUCCUUCUGGUUGUCUCUCUAUUAUCGUGGCAGCGUAAUAUUAUACAAACAUUCAUGUAUUGGCAGAUAUUGAAGCUUAUGUAUCAUGCUCCUGCGACCGCUAGUUACCAUCAGAGUGCAUGGUCUAAGAUUGGGAUGCUUGUAAAUCCUCUUGUUCAACGUUAUGCCCCGUUCUUGAAUACUCCUAUUUCUACUAUUCAGAGAUGGUGGUUCAGGUAGAAGACUUUCUGAAAGUAUACAAGAGUUAUGGGGCAGGAAAAACUUCUUUGGGACUUAGUCCUGAAGGGUGAAUAUAUAAACUAGAAUUGUCUAGUUAACUAUUCCUAAUAAUUGCCUUUGGGAGUACUUCCAAGUUUUCCCCUUUUGAUGUGACAGAGAUGUGAUUUUUCCAACGUUUUACUCUCUUCUUUUGUAAACAUGACCACCCAAAAAUUGUUUAAAUUGUGCAAGUACUGUAGUUUUAAUAUCAACUAAUCACUUCUAUUCC